GUGCUUGGUUACCAAGACAACAAAAGACGCUGCCAAGUUAGAGGCUCUCUGGCUUCUUCCAGAGCGAUGGGCAACAGGAAGAAGGAAAUUGCCCUGCAGGUCAACAUCAAAACCCAGGAGCGUUGGGAGGAAAUGCUCGCCUCCAAAGGACUGACUGUUGUGGAUGUCUACCAGGGCUGGUGUGGACCCUGCAAAGCUAUGGUUAGCCUCUUCCAGAAGAUGAAGAUCGAGGUUGGCUUGGACCUUCUCCAUUUUGCUUCGGUAAGAUUCCUUCUCGGCAAAAAGUCACGCCAACAGCGUGAACAAAUUAACCAUGGAAGAAGCAAGGGCCAGGAUGCACAAGCUGCCUUUCAGAUGUCAUCAUCAGGAAAGGCCUGUACAUUAGGCCUCAUUAAGCCCGAUGCAGUGGCCCACGGGAGGGCUGAUGAAAUCAUCAUGAAGAUCCAGGAAGCAGGAUUUGACAUACUAACAAACGAGGAGAGAACCCUGACAGAGGCAGAAAUGCAAGUGUUCUAUUCGCACAGAGCCAGAGAGGAGGCAUUUGAGAAGCUAGUACACCAUAUGUGUAGUGGACCCAGCCACCACCUGAUCCUCACCAAGACCGAGGGCACCGAGGACGUAGUCACUGCUUGGCAAAACUUCCUGGGACCUUGUGACCCUGAUGUGGCCAGGAGGGAACAACCCGAAAGGUGACAACUUUCACCUUCUCCCGGCUCAGAAAUGCCUUUUAACGCUGUGCAUGGAAGCCGAGAGGAUGCCAACAGAGAGCUGGCCCUGCCCUUCCCCAGCUUCCAGUUAGAUAAAGACAUGGAGGCCCCACAGGGUAAGCUGAUCAGGCAGAUUUCUUUAUUAAAUCUGAGAUGAAAGCCACUUAUGAUUGUGUGUGAAACUGACACUUGUUUCCUGAUUAGCCAAUAAAGUCCUGUUCUGAAACACAGGUCACCAUGUAACUGGUGACAGCAUUAAGCCAUUUUGUGCAUUCAUGGAGCAGAAGAGCUGCUUUUAAAUAUCACAUUGGGAUUUCUUUUUUCUUUCUGCUCAUUGUGGAGACCUAGUUCCACUAGUCAGACACUUUGCUUUUUUGCAAACCAUGGGGGGAAAAAUCACAUGACUUUAAACAAAUUAAAAGUUUAUUUUCUGCUUUUGCAUGUGUUCUUUGCACACUGAUCACUCUCACCCCCUCCCUCCCCAACAAAUCUCUCUCCAGUAUUCAUAUCUGUUCAUUUUGUUUUGCGAUCCACCAAGACUAGCCAUGGCCAUCUGUGCGAUCAUGGGUUUGAAGCUGUUAGCGAAUGCCUGGAGGACUGAGAGAGUACACCACGCUAAAGACAGUGAAGUUGACCUUGUGUGGGCCCAGUGCAGGCGCUGAGGCUCAAACUAUGGCCGGCCCUGUG